CUAAUAAUGAUUCUCAAGUACACAUUUAGUCAGCACAAAUUCUUAAAUUAUUUGUUUUGAAGGUUACUCAACUAAAUAUCAUAGUAAAUACUGAAUUUUAAAUAUAAAAGCAAACCUCUGGGACUACAAAUCAUGCAUGGAACUUUCAAACAAAUAAAUAUACAGAAGUAAGAUAUAAAAGCAGAAUCUUCAGCUGUUGUCAUGCCUUUAAUAUAACCAGAGUUGGCAGCUUGGCACACCUUUAGAGCAUAGAAAAAAAAUGGAGUUUUCAAAGUUUCGUGAUAGUGGUGAAUUCAGUGAUAUCACCAUUGAAGUAGAGUCGACACAAUUUAAUCUUCACAAAUUUCCACUUUGUGCCAAAUCUGAAUAUUUUUGUGAAGUAGCCAAAUUGAAAUCCGGGGGAUCUUCACCAUCCAAAGUAACCCUAAAAGAUUUCCCAGGCGGGAAAGAGACAUUUGCGAAGAUUUCUGACUUUUGCUACAACAUGCCUCUGAAGUUGACUAAAGACAACAUCGUAGAGACCCGAGUUGCGGCCGGUUAUUUAAAGAUGUCAGGCUCAGGAAACCUCAUAGAAGUGUCCGACAAAUGCUUAAAUGAGAUGCUCACUUCUGCAAGAUUAAGCCGAUCAGAUGCUACCAUCACCGAGCUGCUGAUACACUGCACAGAGGUCGGUGAUCUGGCUGAUUCUGAAGGUGUUGUGGAUGUCUGUAUUGAGUCUUUAGUUGAUUGUUGGACUAAAAAGUUUCCCUUUUUAGCCAGCAAUGUAUUCACUCGUGUACCUAAAAGCUUUGAAGCUAAAUCAGCGUUCAGGUACAUUCGAGACAAAACUUCUAGCAAACAAUUUGACAAACUUGACGAAUGCGCCGUAAAGAACUUGGUUACCAUCAAACCCGAAUGGAUGGUCAAACUUCUUACCAAAGCUCGCGACAAAGGGAUUCAGCUGCAGCUGCUAGGAUCUCUUGUGGGCAGAUACAUUUCUGCAUCUAUUUUAAACGAAGAAUUCCCCAACGAAGAAAACUGCCCAGCAUCCGAUGUCAGCAGUGCACUGAGCUUAGACGAAGACGCUCAGUCUGACCAACUUCAAGGUAAGACAAAGACUGUGAAGAGGAACAAAAAAUGCACCAAAGAAUUUGACGAUGCCCAAGUGUUAGAUAAAAUUGUACUGGCAUUGCCUGAACAAGCUUAUCGUAUUCCAUCGAUCACCAUCGAGUGGCUAAGUAAGGUUCUUCGUCUUGGCAUAACUCGCAGCUGUCAAUGUAGAGACAUGUUGGUACGACUGGCAGGGGAGCUAAUGUACAAAUUAGACCCCGACGAUCUCUACCUUAUCUCCCCUGCCGUUCUCCACGACAUAGUUCAGAGUUCAAACACCGAGGGCAAGAAAACUGUUCAACACAGUGAGCUGACUUGUAAAUUAGUUGACUCUUACAUGAGUCAUAUGAAUUCUAAGGGUGUUUUGACGUCUGAUACAUUUCGACUUUUAGUUUCAGCCACUACAAAGUCACCACGGACAUCUCACGACUCUUUGUUUCACAUGCUGCAGAAUGUCCUUCAGACAGAGAAGGACAAUUUGAGUUCAGAUCAAAGAAAAGAGUUAACAUCUUUAAUUGAUGCCAACUUAUUGUCAGAAGCAUGUCUCCAAAAAGCGCUAGAUGAGGACAUUCUUCCACCUCAGGCCAUAGCUAAAAGUGCUCUCAAAUUGUGCUCCAAGCUUCGAGAUGAACUUCUUUCCUAUAAAUACAGAACAGGCGAAGACAGCUACAGAAAAUACAGCACAUUCUCGUCUGCUCACUCUGACACGCCCAGUGGAAACUCAGAAACUCGCCUGUCGUCUGCUUUCUCUACAAAGGACAAGACUGUAGAUUCUGGUUUCACAGAGGCAAGUGACGCUAGUCGCUCACCAGCGGAGACCUUAAGAACAGAAGGAGUAGACCUCACUGACCACAACAUCAUCGCAGAGCCGUUGACCGCAGCCCAUAACGUUCUGGUCACUGCACGCCACAAGUUGUCAGGCUUUAAACCAACAAUCACUAAGUAUCCCUCCCUGGACAACCUGCACUACCACUACAGUGGAGAAAAUGACCCGGAAGAAGAUUAUGAGCCGAUUUAUGAACGCCAGUUUCCUAGUCUAGAGUCUCGUCUCCGUUAUUAUCGAGUCUGGGGUUUUUAUCCUCAUGGUUCCUUGGGUUAUCGCAACAGAGGCUCAUAUCUCCCAUAUUCCGCUUUCUAUAAUAGAUUUUAACAAAAAUAAUUAUAAUAAUAAAAAGAAGAGGAAGCAGCUUUGCAUGUAUGAAUGAUGAUUAUAAGAAUUUAUAAUAUUAUAUAAUAAGUAUUUUGUAAUAUUAUGCUAGUGACUGAUAUUCUUUAUAGCACACGAGAUGUGUCUUUUGUCUGUGAUAUGUAUAGACCUACAUUUUUCAUUCUGAGUAUUUAUCAUAUUGUUUAUAUAUCAAUGAACAUGACUUUUAUAUGUCAAUUUUAAUGUCACGUAGUUGUAAAACUAGAACCUAAGUAUCUUAUUCUCAUCCUCUUUGUGGGUAAGGAAUGUUUGGUUUUGGUAAUGUUACACUUAAAUACCUUGAACUUGAACUGUAGACACAUUUGCUAGAGGUGCAGAUUCGCCAGGCUCACAUGAGGAUAGAAGUGUAGGCACUAGAAGGAAAUAAUGUCGCCUAAAAGUAAAGCAUGAGACUUGGAUAUACAAAUGUUAUACAACAAUUGUAGAAAAGAAAGACCGGGAGAAGUGCUAAAUAAAAUGAGGACACAAUGAUUACGGCCUGUGUAACAUUAAUAGUUGAAGUUAACAAAAUCUUGGCUUGGCCGUGAUGUAGGUAAAUACACUUUGUAUUUGAAGUGGUGGACAAACAUCGUCAGCCUUGUACACUUGACCACUUUUGGAGAGAUGAUGUAGAUCUAGAUCUGUUUGAUAGCGAUAUUUUGUCCAUGUAAAUCUUUAGGUUGCGAUUUCCUCUGUUUUUAGCAUUCUUUAGGCCUCUUUUGGGUAAAAAUAAUGGAGAAUAGCCAUUGCGUAGUUACUACACAGCGCAUACGAAUGUGAUCAUGCUAAAAGGAAGGGGGCCAAUUGGUCUAAAUCCAUAAAACACUUACAUAAAAUAUGGCUUUGUGUUUUGAAUUCUAGUCGAAUAUUUAAGAAGAAUUCCGAGAUAGGAGAUUGUUUUCAGUAGACAUAAACAUUAGAACAAAAUUCAGUUUGAAGAGGAGAGUGUACCAUCGAAUGAAGAUGCAAAUUAUUUUAACGCUAGGUGCCAAAAACGUUUACUUCCAAGAUUGAAUUAGUUAUGUGGUAUGGUAUACAUAUACUUGUUAAUAGAUAAUGUUACACCCAACUGCGGAUUAUAGCUUGCUACACUCCCUGUCUUUAUGUGACAAUCGAAAACAAAACAGAACUCCAUAUGAAAAGAUAUAGAUUUAUAUAGGAACAUAAACCAUCUCUCUAACGCAGGUAGAAAAUAAACAAACGAUUAAACCAACACAUACGAUGAGAGACUACAUUGUUACACACUCUCGUCAUGUAGAUUUCUUCUUGUUUACUCGAGACUUUCCCCUAUUACUGUGUCACGGUCAGAGAUACUAUUAUACUAUAUAAAGAGCAUGUCUGUGUUAAAUAGCCAAAGACAGUCUAAAUAGAUGUAGACAUUUACUUUUUUUAACAACGUAGUUAAUCAUGUGAUAUUAAAAUUUCUUUUAUUUGGUUUUGUCUGUUCUGUUUAGUCUGUCUUUAUAAAGGUAACGAAUCAAUAUGGACUCAAUACUUCCAAUAAUUACAAAAGUUGGAUCAAGCUAACUAAAUUAAUAUAUAUUUGCUGCAUAUGCUUAAUCAAUUUAUUGACGUAGAUAGAUAAGCCAAAGUAGCUAAUAGACAAAUAGCUUUAAUAGUUUAUGAAUACUAAUGUACAUUUGGCAUAAUUUAUUUAAAAUGUCAAGUUCAUUAUAAUGUAAUUGUUUUUAUACUUUUAGCCAUUUGUAACAAGUGCCUAAGCAGGAAUGCUUUGAUCUAUACCGUGUUUGUUAUAUAACAUUCAUACUGACAUAUGAUUGUAUGAAGUGACAUACAUUUAGUUCUGUUUUAAAAUGUAUUUUUAAUUUUAUAAAAUGAAGUAAUUCUUUUUCCUUG